AUGAGCUGGCAAGAUUAUGUCGAUAAACAGUUAUUGGCAUCUAGAUGUGUUACAAAGGCUGCGAUUGCCGGUCACGAUGGAAAUGUCUGGGCCAAGUCUGAAGGCUUCGAUAUAUCGAAAGAUGAAGUCGCGAAGAUAGUGGCCGGUUUCGAGAAUGAAUCACUGCUGACGGGCGGCGGAGUGACGAUAGCGGGCACGCGGUACAUCUACCUCAGUGGCACAGACCGUAUCAUACGCGCAAAGCUAGGCAAGGUCGGCGUGCACUGCAUGAAGACACAGCAAGCUGUCUUACCUGUGGUUAUUAGAGAUCGAAACGCGCCG